UUUGAAAUCAAAGCAAUACCCAUCUCCCCAUUCUUUUACUUUUCUUGUUUUCUUUUCGUUUUGAUUACCCCCUUAUAAUUCUCAGAUGACAGGACAAAGCCUUUCCUCAAAAACAUUUCACUUUUUUUUCUCUAGAUCAUCUUCCUUUUUGUCUUUUUCUUUAUCAUUUGUUCUUCUGUUCUGUCAAAUUCAAAGGAUAAAGAAUGUGGCCAGAACAACCCGAAAGGAAUUCAUUUAAAGAAUCUCUUAAAGCUGUCGAAGCUGAUAUAAGACAUGCAAAUACAUUGGCCGCUAUGCUACCGAGAGAAUAUGGCGGGUUUUGUAUUCAGAUGAGAUUGCAUUACAGCCCAUUUGCUCCGUUUCUUCUUCAUUGGAUUGAAUGGAUGGAUUUCAAUUGCACAGAUCCUGUUCCGAGUUUCUUGGGCCUUUUCCAUAUACUCUUGUACAAGGUAUACGUCGAUGGAAAACCGUUGGUGUCGCCAAGAGAAAGGAAAACCACCCUCAAGGAGUUCUAUGCUGUAAUAUACCCUUCGCUUAGGCAACUUCAAAGUGGACGUGUCGAGUCAAAAGAAGAGACUUCGUCUAGAAAGAUAACAGAGGAUGAACAAAAGCUGUCUAAUGAAGAUCUUCAGAGAGAUGAAGAGUGUGGGAUAUGCAUGGAGAACUGUAGAGAUGUCGUCUUGCCAAAUUGUGGUCAUUCGAUGUGCCUCAGCUGCUUUAAAGACUGGAAUGCAAGAUCACGUUCCUGUCCGUUCUGUCGUAACUGUCUAAACAGGUUGAGCACCAGGGAUUUAUGGAUUCUUACAAGCGAUACCGAAAUCAUCGACUCCGAAACUCUUGCCAAGGAAAAUCUACUACAUUUCUAUCUUUACACCGAAAGCCUCCCACUGUUUCAACCAGACAUGAAUAUUUUUAUACCAGAUUAUAUGUUGUGAUCCAUCAGAAGAAAGAAACAUUAUCCGACUCCUAGACAAGACUUGUAUAUAUAACUUCAAUUGAGGAACCCCCUUCACAACAUGGGAGCAAGAUUCUGGAAAUCUACAAAUUUGAUAGUGGGAGAUGUCAAAACAAUGGCUUCUCGAGUACGAGACAGUCAUCUAGAUCAUAUCCAAACUAUUGUGUAAGCUUGAUUCUCUGCUAAUAUCAUCUGUAUAGAUUCACGAGAUUGCAAGAUAGAAAGAUAGAGAGAGAGAAUGAGAAAGCAUUUAACUGUACGAUUCCUACAGCUAGUCCAAUGGUUUCUUUUCUCCUUUCUCAGUGUUUGCAUUCAGUUACCCUGUACAAAAUCAACGUGUCUGAACAUGUUCUGUGACCUUAUACAACAUGAAUUACUGAUAGAGCAUUGUCAUUUCAAAAA